UUUUUUACCAUAGUGUCACAGACUCCCCCAACUAUUGCAUCAUAUUCAACUCUCUUUACAUUCUGGUUAAAUAACACAUAUUUUUUCCACAAUACUUCGUUCAUAGAUGGAGACAACAGAGAACACUUAGAUAUCCACACAGCGAACAACUCCGAGCGAGAAGACAGCAUGAGUAUUUUGGCGGGAAACGAGGAGGUGGCAAUUCUACGAGCAGAGAACAACUGUCUGCGAGAAGUUGUAGAAGACAUGCGAAGAGCUCUGCAGUCAUGUGAUGCAAAAUGUCUCGCUUUGCUUGUUGAGAUUAAGAAAUUUCACCAAAGCAAUGGAAAUCAUCUACUCAUUGAUAAUUACAAUAAACAAAAGAUGGGUCUCGGCUCCGGUGAGACCGAGUCGACAAGAGUUGUCAAACUUGUAAAAGAAAUCAACAUGUUGCGAGAGAACAGGGAUAAACAGCUCGAGGAGGCUAUUCUAUUCACACAACACCUCGAGGCCGAACUCUGGCAAGAAAGGCAGAAGAAUGAGGUUACGGAAAAAUGCGACAAAGGAGUAGACACAACUUCAACUCAUGGGACAUAUCUUCACGAAACCGUUAAUCCGAAUGCAGCCUCGGAAGAUGAAGGAGGGGCGAGUCCAAGCAGCGAAGGGCAACCUGGGUCUAGUAGUGAGUCUACAUCAGAAUCUGAUGACGAUAGCAUUAUAACAAGUAAGAUUAAAUGAGUAUGAAUGAAGUAUCAUGUUAAUUUUAAGAAGUUUUACCAAUACAUUUGGCGUGUUAGAGCCAGUGUCAUUUAUACAAGGGGCCGGGUACUUGAAAAGAAGAUUAUGCGACCCCCUUUCCACAACGUCACUCACUCUAUUGCCUUGGCUCUCAUAUUUCAUCGACAUAAUAUUUCCGAUGCCCCCCCUCCCCCCAUCGAGACCACUGCCCCUUAAUAAUUGGACCCACACUAUACGUCAUCAUGUAGGCCUACAAGCCUACAAGCCUAAAUAGUCAGUUCUAAUGGGAUUUAGUAUGAGGAAUGCGAGACUUUGAUAUUAUUUGAUCAACAAGUUCAGUGUUAUCAUUAAUAAAAGAAUUUGUCACUAUUUAAAAAAAUUUCUUUCCAGUUUACAUUAUAAUUUCGUGCUACCGUCAAUCGACCAAUAAAAUCAAUCACACUUUCCAUCUUUACAGGUAUACCAUCUGGAGACUGGUGCUUCCCCUACUCUGGCGAUGACUACUCACCUGUGACCCGGGUCAACAUUACCAAUUUAGAGAUUGAAAUGAAAGAGCUCAAGGAGACACUACGACAGGUGGAAUUCGAAAGAGAUACAGCGCUAGAGAGAUCCCAUCAGUUGGCGAUUGAUCUUGAUGUCGAAAGCCGUGGUCGUAAGCUAGAUCGACGUCGUUAUCUAGACGACAUAACUUCCUUGGAAUCUGACAGGGUCCGCUUAUCGACGAUGGAAGAAGAAUUAGGUGAUGUCAUCGUUCUGAUCAUGCACCUUCGAGACAUGAAUUUUUCAAAGCGGUCAGUCGGGAAAAUUCUCUUCGACGCAAUCAGCGAGAGCAACUUUCAUUCGGGAAUGGAAGCACAGGACAAACUAGGAAAUACAACUGUAAACUUCAUUCACAGCCUACACCAGGAGCUUCUCCACUGUGACGUCAUAUCAACGAAUGGUAACCUGAACCCAUCUCAGGCAUCCACUACCAUUGGAAGCAACCUGCCUGCAAAGAAUGGCGUAUCCUUGAGAACGCACUUUUACCAGUUCAACGGCGACGAAAAUAUACAGGAAGAUUGCGACCCCCCGAAAAGACCUAGCGGCUUUCCAGUCGACUUGAUAAAGAGUGGAUUUGAAAUGAAAUGUUGAAAUUCCAAUCAUUGUUAAUGAGAAGGUGUAGAUAAUAUAUUGUGAUUGCAUUUGUUAAGAAUGUCAUUUGUAGCAGAAUUCUAAAUCAUUAUGUUGUCAUUUUCUUCCGUAUCAAUCUAUUCCUUCUAUGCCUUGGGCUGAUGCAGCAGCCUUCUAAAUGAUGGCCCACAUACACAAAUGCAGUGAAAUAACUUGUAAAAAAACUAUGUUACUUAUUGUCCAUCUGCUUCAUUUUACCAUACAUAGUAAGCUUACAGGGUGUAUUAGAAAGAAAAAAAACAUUGUCUCUGACUUCAUUCAAAGUUUUGUUUGUUUCAGUUUUGUCAGAGCACGUGAAGCUGUUUGUUUCACCAAUCUCUAUAUCCAUCUCAAUAUUUUGAAUAAACUUCUCUUCUAUUUAGUACAACUGAUUAUAUCUUUAAAUUACAUGAUCAUUCAGGUACACUAGUCAUAUUGGUCUUGUCAGCAAGCUUUACGAUUUGUUAAUAUCCUAAUAAUGACUUUGUAUUGGUGGCUGAAGUAGUAAUGGAUUUGUCUUUUUGUAAUGUUGUAAAUACAUCAAAUUUACCUCCUAGUCCAUAUAUUGGCACCUUAAAGGGACUUGGUAACAUUGUUCAGAUGAUAAAUAG